AAACUGAUACCUUUGCAGAGUAACCUCCCCCUGGUUGCUAAGCUGAACCAUUGCCAACAUUAGUUCAAGGGUAUAUGGACGAUAUGGCGGAGGAGCUUGAGGAAUCGGAUAUGGAACAGCUAACACUGUAUCUCCGGCUGUUUGGUUUCGACAAGACAGGAGAACCGGAACUUGAAGACGUCGAGGAUGAGUAUGGCUGGGCUCGUCUUCCCGACAUUUUACUGGAGGAGAUCUUUGCCAUGUUAACACCCAAAGCCCGUCACCAGGCGUCGCGAGUGUGCAAGUCAUGGUACAAAACCUUCUACUCACCGCGCGUCUGGGAUACAUUUCUUUUCGAAGAGGGAACGCUCACAAGGAGACGCUAUAACUUGUUCAAGGGGUUCACACGCGAGUUGUGUCCCAGAAAAGCACAAAGCUGUCUUAAUAAUGUCGGAUCUCUCUUUAAGAAAAUAAGUAUUCGUCCAAUCAGUGACUUCUAUAAUCUUCUCUUCUUGGGUGUCCUCAGUUCAUUCCUGUCUUUCUUUGAGGAGUUCCCGAUGCCCAUGUUACACACGUUUCAGUUUACUUUUGCGUGUGAAAGUCGCGGUAUCAAUGGCAAUAUGAUAUAUGGAACUGGCGGACAAAUCCUCCAGGAGCUCAAUACACUGAUUGCCUGCAUGAAGAACCUGAAAACUCUGAGCAUCAGCCAUCUCCUACUUGCCGAGGAGGACGUGCCUGGUUUGUUUGAUGCAGCGCUUAGAUAUAACAGUGAAUCUGUUCGUUUCCUCGAGAUCGUCAACUGUGCGAAAGCCGAUACUCCCAUACCACAGCUGGCGAAGUUCGACUGUCUUCAGAGACUCACGGUCAGUAACCAGCAUGUUGAUGACGAGGUGGCCAUCCUCUUGGCAGGGACUGGUCUCUCUGACCUUCGUCUGGUCCAGGAUAAGUAUACAUGCGCCACGGAACCCGUUUCAGCGGAUGCCUGGCGCGUCAUCAAAGACAUUGCACCGUAUUUAAAGGUGACACUCGAAGUUCGCGGGAAGUGUAAAAAUUCAUUGUUACUUCAACCUCACGCACCUGUGGCCAGUAUUGUUUUCGACACGCCAUACUCAAAGAUAUCGCAUGGUGAUGCAAUGGACAUUGUCCACUUCUACAGAAAGACUCUUGAAGUUUUUAUCCAGAAAGGUAUCCCCCGUGUACACGGAUCCAGAUCAUUCCACGAGAGAGGCGAUUCUUCAUUUUUAAUGAUGGUGAAAAACUGCCCAAAGCUCAAAACUCUUGUCAUUAAUGAACGGUUGUCAACAGCAACAGUGCUUUUACUUUCCCACGAGAGCAAGUCGUUAGAGACGUUCCUCGUACGGGCAAAUGCUAUCAUCAAGCGGGCUGAUUGGCCACGGGACCGAGAGUGGUCCGAGGAAUUUUACAGGAAUCUGCGAACAAAUGCACGUUGUUAUGACCGGAUGUCAGAUGAAGUUGCGCAGAAACAUGACUGGAAAUGGCGACCUUUGUCGGACAGAGAGUUCAAACAAAUGAUUUAAAUUAGCAUGUUUGAAAUCCUAUGAUUAAAUGAUACGACACAAAAACCAUCAAACGCAAAUAGAGUAUAUAUGGUUAUUUCUGGGUAGUGCAAUGCCUGUCCUCUCGUUUAGAUUUUUAUACAUUUUGUACAUUUGUUUUAUAUUAUAUAUCCCUUAUUUUCCAUAUGUAUAGGCCUAUACAGUACAGUGAGAUUUAAUCUAAGGUUAACCUGGCCUGUGUUGUACCACGAUUUGAUCGCUCCCAAUACGUAUUUUAUACUGGGCAUUUCCGUCUUGAUUUGACUACACUAUCACGUGAUUUGUGUAUUUGAUAUGCAGAUGAACUUUUCUCGUCGUUGCCUUUGUGAUAUUGUAAUACAUAUAUCCUUAGAACCGUGUUGUUAUUGUGGCUUAAAUAUUCUCGUUUUGAUAAAAAAAAAAAUCUAAAACAC